AUGGCAUGCUAUGAUACCUCCUAUCUAUGCUUGUUCGAGGCUAUCAACCCGUACAUGUGGUCCUACAUGGGCAUUGCAAUCGCGCUUGGUGUUUCGGUUUUAGGGGCAGCCUGGGGUAUUUUCUUGACCGGAUCCAGCAUUGUGGGUGCGGGGAUCAAGGCACCCCGCAUCAGUUCAAAAAACCUGGUCAGCAUCAUUUUUUGCGAAGCAGUCGCGAUCUAUGGUGUUAUCAUAGCGAUUAUCAUGGCCAACAAAAUUGAGGGUUCCGAGAUAUUUGAUGUGCCCGCGCAGCCAAAGGGUUGGCAGGCUCAGACGAUGGUUGCUGGGUGGUGCAUGUUCUGCGCGGGACUGUCUGUCGGCCUGUCAAAUCUGUUUUGUGGCAUAUGCGUGGGAGUUUCCGGAAGUGGCUGUGCUCUAGGCGAUGCACAGCGACCAGAGCUCUUCGUGAAAAUGUUGAUCGUAGAGAUUUUUGGCAGUGCCUUGGGGCUUUUUGGUGUGAUUGCCUGGAGCUAA